AUGUUUGCAUUUGACGAAAUGCAUCUGUCGCGCCCGCCACUGCUUGUACCUUCACCGUCUGGCAGCACCUUACCCGUUGAACGGAAUCGUCACUCACGUAAGGUAACGCGCGAUAUUGCAGCAUUGGAUUUCUUGCAGAAUAUUCCUAUGCGCUCUGAGUGUGUCGCCGCUGAUCCACUGACCCCGUCAGAAGUGAAGACUGAAAUGUCGACCAUGAAUGGCACCAAAGCUGUAACACCGGUUUCAGAUAGCGAAGGUUCAGGUGGUUUGGAACGCGAGCCUCUGGCUGGACGAAGACUUCCAGGCAUGGCGACCACUAUCGUGCGCGUACCUUCAAUGUUCCGAUACCGCUUUACCACCAAAUUUCCGGCGGCUUCGGCCGUCGUGCGACGAUGGGAAGGCGUCACCAUUGAGCAAGGCUUGCUCGAUUCCCGACUCUUUUUUUCUCAGGGCUGCGGAUACCCGCUAGCUACCACCAUAAUCAUUAACUAUAACGACAACGAGACGGCUGCGAGGAGAAGGCGCAUUGCAUCCAUGAGCAGCAUUUUGGCCCUCGAGCGGUCACCACCAACGUACUACGACUGGCGGGGUACGUCAUAUUUCCGUCUGCUGCACGCCACUUGGUCAGCCUGUGAUCCAGAUCGAGACCAGGAGGACGCGCACCCUGAACAAGUUCCAUUCUCUGCGAACUUCUUAGACGAUCCUGAAUUUCGACAGGGUCGUCAUCGACAUGUUGUGCGAGGUGACAAGAGCCUUGGCCCAAUUGUGUCGAGCAUCUUGCUAUUCGUGAAGCCUCAUGAACUUAAAGAUGAACUGAAUCAGAAAUUUCAAGAGAAGCACGGGUGGUGGCUCCAGGAUCCAUCGCUGUCGCUGAGUAAGCUUCGGCAUUUGAAGCGUCAGGCACUUAUGUGCAGCCAGCGGCUGGGACUAGAAGUUGCAACUGUGGCUCUCGCCUGUGUUUUGUUUGAAAAGCUUGUGCUACAACAUUACAUCACAAAAGUUAAUCGCAAACUUUACAUGGCUGUGUGCUUCCUAUUAGCUGUCAAAUUUAACGAACCUUGUACAUCCGUCGAGCGCAAACGUGUUGUACGGCAGCUUUUGGAAGAUAUCGAUCGGGUUCACGGAAUUCCAGCACGCGAUAUUCUUAAAGCAGAGUUCACGGUCUACGCACAGCUUUCCUUCAAUCUUCAUGUUCCCAUCGCUGAAGUUCAUCCACACUUCGCUCGAUUGCUAAAACUUGUUGAAAGCAAUCCUCGUAAAUAUUUAGAUGACGACGUCUUCACGUCAUACUCGGCACUUUUAGCGAUUGAAGAGCAAGCAGAAAAUUCAAGUAUAAUUCUGUCUGAUCCAUUGGACCGUUUUGAUGAAAUUACGAUUGGGGAGGUGCGUUUAAGUCAUGAUGAUGACGGGAUUAUUAAGGACAAUGAUCAAAGAGGAAACAGUAAAAAAAGCACAGGAGGUGGAAGCAAGAAUGCAUAUAGCGAAUCGGUGUUUCCAUGGCAAAACGUUUCUUUUUCUCAAUGGUGGCGACGGCACCGAAGUCCGCGAGAGCGACAAGAGCCACCACAUACUUCCACCCCGUAA